AUGCAAAUCAUCGAAUGGGCCGGUCUACUACUGGUCACAUGGGGGACAGCUGUGGUAGCUGAUUGGCCGAUUGUGGACCUGGGUUAUCAGCGGCACCAAGCCAUUAGUUUUAACUCAACCGGUCACUAUUACCAAUUUUUCAAUUUCCGUUAUGCCGAGCCCCCACUGAGCCCCUUGCGGUUCUCGCAACCCAUCUCCCCACGCUACUGCAGCCGCGAGGUUGUCAAUGGAAAGGGACUUGGUUAUAUCUGUCCCCAGCUUGAAGCCUGUUGGUUGAACGUGCAGGGCAAAUUAACCAGCGCAGUGACCGCGGGGUCUACCUUUAAUUUCACCGCUGCGUAUGACCAGGUCGAUCGACAUGAUGACUGCACCAAGCCGCGGCUCGUCGCAGGGCAGAAUCCACUGGAGUCGGAGGACUGUCUGUUCCUCGAUGUUGUACCUGUGUUGGUGUACUUCCAAGAUGGAGCUUAUGUGUCCGGGUCCAAGUCAGAUCAGAAUCCCUCUGGCUUAAUUGCAACCACCGGCGAGGAUGGGUCCACCGGCAUAAUCUACGUGGGAGUCAAUUAUCGAGUGCGUGGUCUCCCCUCUUUUCCAUCCUUAUCUUUCAGCGGCUUAUCUGCGAAUGGUAUCAACCAGUUGGGCGUAUUUGGAUGGUUGUCAGGCCAGAAGUUUUGGUCGGAAGAGGGUUUGCCCAACGCCGGGCUGUACGAUGAGCGUCUGGCGCUGGAAUGGGUGCAACGGCAUAUCUCCAAGUUCGGUGGUGAUCCCUUACGCGUCACCGUCAUGGGCGUUUCAGCCGGUGGAGGCUCGAUCACGAUGCAACUGACGGCCUAUGGACGCGCCAUUCGCCCCCCGUUCACCCAAAUCAUUGCACAGAGUCCGGCUUGGGAACCGGGCACGAAGUCACCGGCUAUCGAGGACGACUUGUUGGAUUCUUUCCUAACAUUGUUGAAUGUCAGUAGCUUGGACGAGGCACGGAGUCUGCCGUCUCAGUCUUUGCUAGCUGCGAAUUAUGAGCUGAUGGCAUCCCUGGGUCUGGCACACUUUGGCCAGUGA